AAUCGCAUAUCUACUGCUACUGAACAAACGUAGCCGCUUGGAACAAACUGGGACAUUCAUUUACUCGUUCCUUUUCUUCGUUAGGUGUAGGAUAUUAAACUGUGCUGCAGGCAACAUAAUAGUCAUUUAGAGCGAGUUAAUUAGAACUUUGAAAAAACAGACUUUGAGUGUUAACGAUUUGCAUUGGGAAAUAUAGUUAUCGCGAUUUAAAUAUUUAUGAGGAUAUUUUAAGGAUCUCAGAUCGGUUAUUUAUUCUAUUUAUUUCUUAGUUGUUCUGGUAGUUUGUGUGUGAUCUCUACUAUCGCUAUGGCUGCUUCGACUAUCACCCAGAAAGACACUACGUUCACGAAGAUUUUCGUGGGUGGACUUCCAUACCACACUACAGAUAAGUCCCUGAGAGAGUUCUUCGACAAGUUCGGCGACAUUGAAGAGGCUGUGGUUAUCACAGACAGACAAACUGGCAAAAGCAGGGGCUAUGGAUUUGUUACCAUGGCGACACGCGAGGCCGCAGAGAAGGCAUGCAAAGACCCCAACCCGAUAAUAGACGGACGUAAAGCAAACGUAAAUCUUGCAUAUCUAGGUGCAAAACCAAGAGGUAUACUAACAGCUAUCCCACUUGCUAUUAAAACAGGCUACCCGGGAGUACUACCAGGACAAUUCGGCAUUCCACAGUAUGUGUAUCCAUCCGCGUACAUGACUGCUGCUCCAGCGCAAAGUAUUUUGUCGGCUGCUGCCCUUCAACAGUCACCACUCUCACCAACUUCAGCUCAGUUAUAUGAUUACGCAGGCCGCCUACGGGUCGCAGGCGUUCGCCCAGGCGACGGCUGGUCUCGACGCCUCUACCUACCCUUUCGUGAACGUCUCCACUGCCGGUCUGAUGGCCAACCCAUACACGUACGCCAUACCGCAGCAACUCGCCGCCGCUUCCGGCCACGCCUUCUACCAGCCUCAGCAGCUCCAGGAAAGGAUGCAAUGACGCCUACAGGGGUUUAGUGACAUUGACUUAGCGCAGGCAUAUCUCUACAAGAACGGUUCCUCCUGAGGUCGAACCGAAAACCAGUCUAUUUGUGGAAAUUGUUUGCCGCGCGAUUUUGCGACAAUGAACACUAAUGCGACAACCCCUCCCCAAACUGGAUUGCGGCUUACGAAAGACAUUACGAAUUUCAAUAAUGUUAGUUUAAUUUAUUUGACGAGAAUUUCAGAUCAGAUGUUUAUUGCUACUGAAAAGGGGAGUUAUUUUGUUAAUAAAUGACAAUCAUUUACGUAUUUCAAGAAACCCAUGUUAAUUGUAAGUAGAUAUAAUUAGGUAACUUAGUGUUAUAGAGAAGUUCUAUAGUGUACAAACUGUUUAAAUAGUGUUUAUUAAAUGCAUUCACUUUAAUGUUAUAUAUACUAGACUUUGGAAUUAAUUGUAAAUUUUUAAUUAUUUAUAGAUAAGUUACGUGCAAAAUUAACUCUGAUACAACUUGUUGAACUUCUUUUAUAAGGUUUAAUAAAUGUGAUAUUUUUAUACAUGUAUAUAAUAUAAAUAAAGAACACGUGGCUUGCUAUGCAUCGUGGGUGAGGUUAAAAUGAAUGAUAACGUUGACAUCAUUUGAAAACCUUAUAUGCAAAUUCCCUUUUAUAGUGGACGUAUAUUUGAGAUAUAUAAUUAUUAUUAUUAAUAUUAUUAUUAUUAUUAACGAUGUUAUUAGAUUUGCUCAUGAUUGAAUGGAACGUUUUGAAAAGAUGUGCGCAUGCGUGGGUGUGUAUAUACAAUCUCUAUUUGUACAUUUAUUUUUAAAUUAGUCGUAUAUGCCUUUAAUUGUAUUAUCAUUUGUAGUACUAAUUUAAUUUUGUAGGGAGGUAGUUAGUCUCGAUUUUGUUCCGGUAUUUCUAUUGCAAGAAGGGGACCCGAAUCCAUCGGUGUUGAUGUUUGUGUUUCCAAUUGUUUAAAAUCAUCGAAAAAGAUUUACAUGCUUUUUUCGUAUGUAAUAUUAAAAUCUCAAGGUAUUUCAUCUAUACAUAAUUUUUUAACUGUUUUCACUUUUUGACAAUACAAUGAAGCAUACAUGUUUUUUUAUUUAUUGCGCAUGCGCGUUAACGAGUUCCGUCCAGACAUGUAUUCAACAUCACGUGUUAUGUUUCAUUUACAAAAGGGUCGUGUGAACAGAGAUCAGGUUGUCAUCAAUACUUCAGUCCAUAAAAAGUAAACCUAAGGACCUGUUUUUAACCCUUUGCAUGCUGGGAAAUUUGUCGUCUGCUAAAAUGUCGUCUGCUGAAUUUCUAAAAUUAGCAUUUUCUGCGAUUUUUUUUAAAGAAUACUAUCAUAAUAGCAAACAGUUUGGAUCCUGAUGAGACGCCACUGUCUGUGGCGUCUCAUAUCGAUUCAAACUGUUUUCAAAGGCCUUCAAAAUUCGGUUCCAGCACUGAAAGAUUAAAAAAUGUUCUAUGCAAAACGAUCAGGAUGUUCAUUACUUGAACAAAAAGCAAUAACGCUCUCGUUUUGAUGGACUUCUGUAUCUCGCUGUACACGCCUCGUUUGACUCUGACAAUCGCCAUCCAUCAAAAUCAUUUUAUUAAAUAUGCUCAUAGUCAUUAAACGAAAAGUCUCACCGGCAAAUGUGUGUAUGCAACUAUUUAUCCUGUAUAUAAUCGCGAACAAUGGGUGGAAUGGAAGAAUAUAUUAUUGUGAAAGCGCAAGAGAAAUGGUAGAAAUUUCUACAUGAUUAAUGGACGAAAGUGUUGUUAAAGAAAUUUUGAAUAGUGAGAAAGGAAAUAUUUUGAAAUGUAAGUUGUUAUAAUACUGCUGUUUCGAAUCUGUUUUGUAAAUAUUGUUAUGUAUGUAUUCUUAUCAUAAUUUAUGUAAUAAGUUAUUAAUACGUUAAUAUUUAACACGUCUUUAUGUUAUAUGUGUAAUAUAUUUAUGUAUUUUAUCAUUUGUUUUAUUUCAACUAUUGAGGCAUGUAUAAUCAUUGCAGAAACAUUAAAAGAGGGGGACAAUUAAGUGCUAUAGUUUAACUUCAAAGUUGCGUCCUUAAAGUAAAUUACACUAAACUGUUAAGCAAAAGUAUCUUUCUAAUAAAUCAAAGUACGUUUAUCAGUAUUCACCUGCAGGUAAUGACCUUUACUUUCCAAAGGUCAGGGUCGAAUCAUUUAACUUGACCUUCACAUAUGAGGUUAGUGGGUCACUGGAGGGCAUCGCCGCAUAGUAUUAUUUAGGCUAAUUAAAAAACACAUGUAUUUAUUUGUAUAGUACAAUCUCUUUUUUUAGUUUCGGCACAUUCGCAUCAUUAUAAUUUUCACAUAUGCACAUGUCUUGUUUCAUGUAGUUAACGUAUUUGUACAUUUACUUAAGCGUCAUCAAUUUUGUUAUGUUAGAAUCCUAUCGAAAGAACACAUUUUUAAUAUAGGAAUUUUAAAUGUCAAUAAUAAAAUUGAGUGCUGUUAAAUAACCUUUUGGUAACGUUUAUAACAAAUGAAAUUACGUUGGGUGGUUCAUUUUGAUUUAGUUGAUUACUGCUUUCAGACGGUCGAAAUAAAUACAAUGCUGUACAUUUACAAGAUAACUGACUGAAUCUCAAUUAUUUGUAUCUACGUCACUCUUUGCACAUGCUUCAUAGUUAAAUUUUGCAUGACUAUAAACACAUGGGCACAAUUGCUUAAACAUAUAGAAAAUUCUGUAUUCAGUCACUUUUUAAUCAAAUAGCGAGUUCAUGAAUAUCAGGAACUAAGUUGUCAGUCUAUAUACUUUAACCCAUUGAUGCCUAGAGGACUCUCCCAUCCUUUUAAACUGGAUCAAUUAAUUUCCAAAAUUAGGGAUGUCUAGUAUAUUUAUUUCGAUAUUUAUAAUAUUUCUUACAGAAAUUCCUUAAAGCAAACAGCGCAGACCCUGAUGAGACGCCGCAUCAUGCGGCGUCCCAUUUGGGUCUGCGCUGUUUGCCAAGGCCUUUUUUCUAGACGCUAGGCAUAAAUGGGUUAAUAACGACAACCGUUCCAUUUUCCUUUAUCAGUACAGAGGCUAUAACAGUUGUUGAUCGUUUUAUACGAAGUUAAAAAAACAACAUGUAUAUCCUAAGAGUUUCCGACGUAGAAAACUAACGUAAUAAAUGCAUAGUAUAUACACAUUAUUUACAUAAAUCGGAAGCCGUCAGCUGUGCCCAUGGGUGAAAGUCGUAGAUUCAUCAGUAGUUAGAACUACCAUUAAUAUCAAUAAGUAGGAUACGUAGUUCCGUAGGAAAACUAAACUAUUAGCUACAUUGAGUCCAUCUUUCCUUUGAUUUCAAGAUAUGUGAAGUAUCUGUACUCGUAGUCAUAUGUUUAACGAUUGAUGAACGUUCGUUAUAACGUAAAUUGCCAGAUGUUGUUAAACCAUGUCUCUCUCAUUAUAAUAUUAUGUGUGUCCGCUCGUAAAACGAGUAAUGUCAUCACUUGUAGAAAUAAAUCUCAUUUCGCAAUUA